AUGAUGAUAUGGCUGCAACGCAAAGUGUUCCUAUUAGGGCUCUUUUGUGUCUUGGUGGGUAUGAUUGCGUGUGUGAAUGGCCACGCAAAUGCAAGCUGUCCGGAGAGUUGCGAUACCGCGGGUCGCUGGUGCGAAAUCCGUUUUAACCGCGGCGGCAGGGUCAGUGUUGGUGAAUGUAACGCUUCAUCGUUCACAUGCGUUUGCAAUGAUGCCGUGGACAUUACCGUAACAAGAAAUGAAGAGUCCUGCUGGUGGAGUGGCUCCUUCGAUAUGACGAAUAAUGUGAGUGAAGAAAGCCUGUGUUCAGCAGACACUGCGCAGUGUCCCCAGACCUGCCAACAGGCGGGCGAACAGAUUACCCGAUGCGCGGGGAGUGUAUUAUGCACCGAGGAUGGGGACGGAUACAUUUUUACCUGCGCCAUCUCGGAAGGGACGAUACUCCAUAUCAAUAAAAGUGUAUAUGGCUGUUUGACAACAAUUGUAGAGCCGGAACUCCACUGCAAUCCAAAAGUGACUUGUAGUGGUCACGGGUACUGUGUGAACCCUCACACGCUAUCGAACAGUUGCGUUUGCUUCUCAGACCCUAUCAACGGCUAUUGGGUUGGAGCGAAUUGCUCGGAAUGCCAUGCAGACUACGGCCCUGGUGGGGGUAACUGUACCCAACGGACAUCAACAAUACGGAUUAUUCUUUCAUCGAUUGGGAGCACGUGGGCCAUGGUGUUGCCCAACAUGGUGGUGCUCUUUCUAUUUGUGGUGCUUGGCCUGAUGCGCAGAGAAUCGGAAUCUGAUAGGAGCUUUCAGUCGACCGUGUUGCGUAAAACGGGAUUAUCAGCUGUACAGGUGGCGCGGCGCAAUCGGUGCGGCCUUUUCAACCCAAAGCUCAUCCCCCCACGACCACCACAAAGCCGAUGCUUCCUGAACGAAGGGGAAGGACGAGCGAAGAGGCGGGGCCCCCCCGCUUAUUAA